GAAAGCUCUCAACAUCAUUCCCAUGAGAAGGACUCACAUGACCGAGUGCAACCAAACAGGGGUUUCUAGAAGAUCGCAGAAGCUCAAGAGUGAUCGCAGACAGCUCAACGGUCACUCAGACGGCUCAAAACGCAAAAAACUAAGCUGGUGGCAGGCUCGACCCAAAUUUGGAGAGCGACGUUUGCGCACCUCCCUCCCGUUCCGCAGCUCUGGUCGAUCGCAAGUGGAGUCUUCAAAAGGGUUUGAAAAAUUAUUUUCUGGCGUCAAAAGGGAUUCAAAAUAGAGCAGGAUUCGGUGCUGGCUCGCAACAAGGCUAGCAGUCUCGCGCAAACACCUUUCCUUCCAUCACCUGCAAGGCCCUGUGCGUGCAAUUCAGGACUACUUGUGGCUUGUGAUCAUGGGCAAAACGAACAAGGAUUCGCGUGACAUCUGGUACAGACUUGCCAAGACCCAGGGGUACAGGGCGAGGAGCGCAUACAAACUCAUCCAUCUAGAUCAAGAAUUUGGUUUCCUCUCCCGAUCACCUCUGGACCUCCGCAUCUUGGGCUCGAGCUCCGCAGCAAGCCAAACAGGCACAGCCCUACGAAGGGUCGUAGAUCUGUGCGCAGCUCCUGGAUCAUGGUCUCAAGUCCUCGCACGUACCUUGCCAAAAGGUAGCAAGAUAGUAGCUGUGGAUCUGCAACCCAUGGCCCCUUUGCCCGGCGUGGUGCAGAUCUGCGGGGACAUUACGUUGGAAAAGACGGCUCGAGCGGUAGGCAUGGCUCUGCUAGGGGAAGAUGAUGAUCGUUCAUCCGCCGCAAUGGAAGACCUAUCGUCCGCUUCAUCGCCCAUAUCGGAAGAUCGAUCACUCCAGAACGGCAGAAAAGGAGCCAAAGCGGAUCUGAUCAUUUGUGAUGGCGCGCCAGACGUGACGGGCCUACACGCGCUAGAUGCAUCGCUACAAGCCCAACUACUUACCAGCGCUCUCACAAUCACCUUCAAGCUCCUCUCCCCCGGCGGCACAUUCGUCGCCAAGGUCUUUGCCACACCACCUCAAAGGAGCUCAGCCACAGCUCCUUUUGCUGAAAAAGAAGGGACCACAUUGGGCGGUAAAGACAUGGUAUUGCUCAUGGCUCAACUUCGAACUAGGUUCGACAAAGUCGUGCUGGCCAAACCGCCCUCUAGUAGACCGGCUAGCGCGGAGCAUUUCAUCGUUGCGACUGGCUUCGAUGCGGACAAUGAAGAGCUGGACGCCUUUGUCAGCUAUGGAGAUCUGUCUGCCUGGAAUGAAGCAUCCUGAGAAGAGACUUGUACAGUAAUCUAUUGCGUCACGGGAGUCCG